CUACAACGACGUGCCACCCACUUCUCCUCCUCACUAACACACAUCCACUUAUAUAUACACACAUUUGUAAUUUGUAUCUAUAUAUAUUUGCAAUGCUUAAGCUUGAAACCUAGCUUGAAGCUAGCUUAAUUUGCUAGCCAUUAUAGCCUCUCAUCGAUAUAUAUACCCCAAUGCAUAUGUAAUUAAGCUUGAAUCCUAUUUUUCUUCCUUGUUUGUGUUUUGUGUUUGUGACUUGGGUCGAAUUAGUUUGAGAGAAUUUGGAGGGUUUUUGGUUUUGGUUUUGAUUUUGAUUUUGAUUUUGAUUUAGUUUUUGAGUUACAUGAACAGGUUCAGAAAUGUGUUGCUACGAAAGUGCAAGAGCCUGUCACGCUCUCUCUCGAGGUCGAGCUCCUACAGGAACCUCCGAUCCAUGUCCACCCGGGAGCACGUCGUCGCCGGCGGCGAUGGCGGCAUUGUCGGCGGCGGCGACAGCAAGGCGGUGUCGGCCGGCGGCGACGGGGCGGUGGUGUUCGUCGGGAGCUCGCGGCGGCGCUACGUGAUCAGCAACAAGCACCUCAGCCACCCGCUGAUCGCCGCGCUCAUCGACGACGACGUCCCGGCGGCGGCCGCCGGAGACGGAAAAGAAGGCGGCGGCGGCGGUGGGGUGGUUGAGAGGAGGAGGUCGACGUCGGCAGCGACGACGACGUCGUCGUCGACCAAGCCGAUCGCCGUCAACUGCGAGGUCGUGCUGUUCGACCACCUACUGUGGAUGCUGGACAACGCCGUCGACCUCCGCGCCGGCGGCGACGGCGACGACGACGACGCCGCCAUGAGAGAGCUCGCCCAGCUCUACGCCUACUAGCUGCUGCUGCUGCUGCUGCUGAUCAUGGAGAGAGAUCAGCUUAAUCAACACCAUCAAUGUUAGUUAAGUACUCGAUCGGUACAUGCGUGCAUGCAUGUUGUUAGUAAUUGUUUUGAUUAGUUCUUAAAAUUAACUGCCUUGAUUGAUUUCAUUUUUAAUUUUGAUGUUCAUUUGGUUCUUGCGCGAGAUCUAAAAGAUUAUUCGGCGCGAUGAAGAAGAUGAUUUGAUGCAUGUACAUGCAAAAUGUAUGGAACAUGGUGUAGUUAUUAUGGUUUAUGAUGUUUUUCACAAAAGAAGAACAGAUGAAUGAAUUUAUGGAUAGAGUUGUUUGUUAUGGUUUUAA